CAAAUUCUAAAGAAACAUCUUCUAGCCGUAUCACUUCAAACUCCAAGAAAAUCAGUACCCUAUUACAGGCUGACACGUGUCUAAAAAUGAAUAACAACUCGAGUUCGUACACUUCAGAUCUCAACUCAUUAAGUGCAUUAACGGCUCUCGAUGAGGAAGGAAUACUAUUAAUAGCUUCGAACCAGCCCAAGAAACGUGCUGGGAGGAAGAAGUUCAAGGAAACUCGCCAUCCGAUUUAUAGGGGAGUGAGGAGGAGGAAUAAUAACAAGUGGGUUUGCGAGGUACGUGAGCCUAGUGAGCAGAAAAGAAUAUGGCUAGGAACUUACCCUACUCCUGAAAUGGCGGCUCGAGCUCAUGAUGUAGCUGCAUUAACACUUAGAGGUAAUCUAGCCACUCUAAACUUUGCUGACUCUCGUUGGCGGUUGCCAGUUCCGGCAUCAAAGGACCCCAAGGACAUACGUCAGGCGGCAGUUAUAGCUGCACAAGGUUUUUCUCAAGAUACUGAAUUAGUUGGAGUCGACUAUAUGAAUGGGGAAGUUAUAAAUUCCAGUACUAAAGAAGUAAAGUACCAAGAGAUUGAUAUUGCGAGGGCUAAUAAUGGAAGUAGUAGUGAUUUUGGAGCGAAGGAAUUGAAUAUGGAUAUGGAGAACAUUUUAUGUUGUAAUUGGGGAGAAGAUAACGAGAUGUUGGAGAUGGAAGGAUGGCGAGAAAAGAUGGCGGAGGGGCUUUUGUUUUCACCAACUCCGCGUUUAGGUAGUUGUUUCAGUUGGGAUGAUGUGGAAAGUGACGUCGAGGUGUCUUUGUGGAGUUACAAUAUUUGAUACUAACUAGCCCGUUAAUUACAAGCUAGGAGUAGCAUUUUACAAAAGGAAAAAGAAAAACAAGGGAAUAGUCAACUAGAAUGAAGUUAUUAUGUACAUUAUUGCAUUAGUCAACUAGAAUGAUGUUAUUAUGUACAUUAUUGCAAUAGUCAACUAGAAUUAUGUUAUUAUGUACAUUGCAAAUAUAUAUUCAUGUUA